AUGGAGAGAGACAUGGAAAGGGGAGAGGUCGAAUUGGCCAGGCCCGACGAGAGCCACGUUGCACCAGAGAAAACGGCUAGGAGGCUGUCGUUCUCGAAACCGCCGCCGCCGCCGCCGAAGGACGAUUUGCCGCGACCGAUGACAAGCUCGACGAAGCGGUUUUCGUUCUCAACGACGUCGACCCAGCGGAAGAUCAAGUAUGGUACCGGGAAGCACUCUCAGACGGAACUGAGUCCUCAACCGACCGACGACCCCGACGAUCCUUUGAACUGGCCGCAGUGGAAAAAAGAGCUCAACUUCAUCGCGCUGAUGAUGACUGUUGGGCUAGUUGGAGGAAUGAAGACAGCGUACUUGAGCGUCAACAGUGUCCUCACUGUGAGGUUCAUGGCCUCGUACACGGCUGUAGCGUCUCUGACGGCCGUGCCGAUUAUCGUUUCGGCGUUCACGGGCCUCUUUGGGCUCAUGGCCUCGAAAGUCUGGGGCAAGAGGCCGGUGUACCUUGUCUCAAUGGUACUGAUUUUCAUUGGCGCAAUGUGGAACAUGCAAGCGGGCAACAGUUUUGGGGCGUGCAUGGGAGCGCGCGUCUUCCAGGGCCUGGGCUGGGGCGCGUUCGACACUCUUGUUCUCGGCUCGAUCCACGACACUUUUUUCGAACAUGAGCGCAACGUUCGCAUCACCGCUUACAACGUCCUUUCUAUCGCGACGACCUGGGGUGCGCCCCUGCUCGGCGGCCUCGCGUCUCGAAAUGCCGGACGAUUCACCGUUCAGUUUGAGAUCAUCAACGUCUUCCAGCUCAUCGCCAUCCCGCUGCUUCUUUUUGGCGCUCCGGAGACGGCAUAUGAACGGUGGUUUAGCAACAGCUUUGCGCAACCCCCGGCAUCCUCUGUGUCAUGGAUGUCGAAGCCCCCAAAGCCCCUCGGCAAGCCGUCGGUAGAAGAUGUCAAGGCUUACCUCCGGACUAUGAAGCCUCUCUCUUUCUCCGGCACGAUGGACGCGCGCACGCUUCUACAGGGGCCCCGCGCUUUUGUUGCGCCGACAACUCUGCUGCUUGUCUUGGUGACGUUUAUGCCGUACUGCGCGCUGUGGGGUUUAGCCGAGUCGCUUUCCCUGCUCUUCUUCCCCAUGCCGUGGAUGCUCAACGAGUCCAGCAUCGGCUCGCUCAUGGCGGCGCCCUUCAUCUUAGCCAUACUUACCGUCACUGGGUUUGCUUCUUACCGGAAACGACACACCGACUACACGAAUCUCGACACCGUCUGCAUCCUGGGUGGCGGCACAGUCCUCGCCGCCGCAGGGGUCCUCGCUUUCGGCCUCAAGACCCACGAUGUCAUGUCCGAGGUAUCUGAGACGAGCGCUUUCAAGACUGGCGGCGUCGGCACAAAGCUCUCGUUCCCGCUCCUUUCGUUUCUUCUCGGCCUCCUGGCGGCGGGCGUUGCCGUUCUCGACUCCGCGAUCCGACCAAUCAUCUGGCGCUCAACGCAGUUCACCUCGUCCAACUUGAACGUCUGCCUGAGGAACGUGGCCGACAUGGACGCCGGGGUGGUGUGCUGGAGAAAUCUACUCGCCGGGGUGUUCGUCAUGGCGGUGCCAAAUGCUAUUGUGGUGUGGACCGGGCUGAAAUCAACCGUCCUCGGGCUCGGGGUGGCGCAGAUUGUGGUUGGAGCAAUCAUGUGCGGUGCUUGGUGGGUGUACGACGACUAUGUGAAGGGGCUGGAUGGGCGCGUGAUGGGACUGGUUGAUUUGAGCAUGUUGAAGCGGACGGGAAGCUUCUUUGAUACGGACUGA